AUUCUACCGGCCAUUUUGGUUGUGGCAACCCCAAUUCCCUUGAUUUUUUUUUUUUUUUUUGUGACAGCAAAGGGAAUUAGAGUAGGCCGCCCUGCCCGGGCUUUUUAAGAAACCCCAGCAACCCCCCCGGGUAAGGAGCGCCGCUCUCCCGCCCGCCGGUCCAGGGUGUGUGCGGUUUCCAGCACGGCCUCCUCCUUCGCCCCACUCUGGGUUCGCGGGUCGGCGCCGGCGGGGCGGGGCUCGGCAGGGCCACGCUGCUACGCCCAGCGUCUCCGCCCCCUCAUUUAAAUACGCGGCGCUUGCGAGUGCGUCGAGCUCGCCGCGGACUCAAGAUGGCGGCGUGUGGACGUGUACGGAGGAUGUUCCGCUUGUCGGCGGCGCUGCAUCUGCUGCUGCUAUUCGCGGCCGGGGCCGAGAAACUCCCCGGCCAGGGCGUCCACAGCCAGGGCCAGGGUCCCGGGGCCAACUUUGUGUCCUUCGUAGGGCAGGCCGGAGGCGGCGGCCCGGCGGGUCAGCAGCUGCCCCAGCUGCCUCAGUCAUCGCAGCUCCAGCAGCAGCAGCAGCAGCAGCAACAGCAGCAGCAGCAACAGCAACAGCAACAGCAGCCUCAGCCGCCGCAGCCGCCUUUCCCGGCGGGUGGGCCUCCGGCCCGGCGGGGAGGAGCGGGGGCUGGUGGGGGCUGGAAGCUGGCGGAGGAAGAGUCCUGCAGGGAGGACGUGACCCGCGUGUGCCCUAAGCACACCUGGAGCAACAACCUGGCGGUGCUCGAGUGCCUGCAGGAUGUGAGGGAGCCUGAAAAUGAAAUUUCUUCAGACUGCAAUCAUUUGUUGUGGAAUUAUAAGCUGAACCUAACUACAGACCCCAAAUUUGAAUCUGUGGCCAGAGAGGUUUGCAAAUCUACUAUAACAGAGAUUAAAGAAUGUGCUGAUGAACCGGUUGGAAAAGGUUACAUGGUUUCCUGCUUGGUGGAUCACCGAGGCAACAUCACUGAGUAUCAGUGUCACCAGUACAUUACCAAGAUGACGGCCAUCAUUUUUAGUGAUUACCGUUUAAUCUGUGGCUUCAUGGAUGACUGCAAAAAUGACAUCAACAUUCUGAAAUGUGGCAGUAUUCGGCUUGGAGAAAAGGAUGCACAUUCACAAGGUGAGGUGGUAUCAUGCUUGGAGAAAGGCCUGGUGAAAGAAGCAGAAGAAAGAGAACCCAAGAUUCAAGUUUCUGAACUCUGCAAGAAAGCCAUUCUCCGGGUGGCUGAGCUGUCAUCGGAUGACUUUCACUUAGACCGGCAUUUAUAUUUUGCUUGCCGAGAUGAUCGGGAGCGUUUUUGUGAAAAUACACAAGCUGGUGAGGGCAGAGUGUAUAAGUGCCUCUUUAACCAUAAAUUUGAAGAAUCCAUGAGUGAAAAGUGUCGAGAAGCACUUACAACCCGCCAAAAGCUGAUUGCCCAGGAUUAUAAAGUCAGUUAUUCAUUGGCCAAAUCCUGUAAAAGUGACUUGAAGAAAUACCGGUGCAAUGUGGAAAACCUUCCGCGAUCGCGUGAAGCCAGGCUCUCCUACUUGUUAAUGUGCCUGGAGUCAGCUGUACACAGAGGGCGACAAGUCAGCAGUGAGUGCCAGGGGGAGAUGUUGGAUUACCGACGCAUGUUGAUGGAAGACUUUUCUCUGAGCCCUGAGAUCAUCCUAAGCUGUCGGGGGGAGAUUGAACACCAUUGUUCUGGAUUACAUCGAAAAGGGCGGACCCUACACUGUCUGAUGAAAGUAGUUCGAGGGGAGAAGGGGAACCUUGGAAUGAACUGCCAGCAGGCGCUUCAAACACUGAUUCAGGAGACUGACCCUGGUGCAGAUUACCGCAUUGAUCGAGCUUUGAAUGAAGCUUGUGAAUCUGUAAUCCAGACAGCCUGCAAACAUAUAAGAUCUGGAGACCCGAUGAUCUUGUCGUGCCUGAUGGAACAUUUAUACACAGAGAAGAUGGUAGAAGACUGUGAACACCGUCUCUUAGAGCUGCAGUAUUUCAUCUCCCGGGAUUGGAAGCUGGACCCUGUCCUGUACCGCAAGUGCCAGGGAGACGCUUCUCGUCUUUGCCACACCCACGGUUGGAAUGAGACCAGUGAAUUUAUGCCUCAGGGAGCUGUGUUCUCUUGUUUAUACAGACACGCCUACCGCACUGAGGAACAGGGAAGGAGGCUCUCACGGGAGUGCCGAGCUGAAGUCCAAAGGAUCCUACACCAGCGUGCCAUGGAUGUCAAGCUGGAUCCUGCCCUCCAGGAUAAGUGCCUGAUUGAUCUGGGAAAAUGGUGCAGUGAGAAAACAGAGACUGGACAGGAGCUGGAGUGCCUCCAGGACCAUCUGGAUGACUUGGUGGUGGAGUGUAGAGAUAUAGUUGGCAACCUCACUGAGUUAGAAUCAGAGGAUAUUCAAAUAGAAGCCUUGCUGAUGAGAGCCUGUGAGCCCAUAAUUCAGAACUUCUGCCACGAUGUGGCAGAUAACCAGAUAGACUCUGGGGACCUGAUGGAGUGUCUGAUACAGAACAAACACCAGAAGGACAUGAACGAGAAGUGUGCCAUCGGAGUCACCCACUUCCAGCUGGUGCAGAUGAAGGAUUUUCGGUUUUCUUACAAGUUUAAAAUGGCCUGCAAGGAGGACGUGUUGAAGCUUUGCCCAAACAUAAAAAAGAAGGUGGACGUGGUGAUCUGCCUGAGCACGACCGUGCGCAAUGACACUCUGCAGGAAGCCAAGGAGCACAGGGUGUCCCUGAAGUGCCGCAGGCAGCUCCGCGUGGAGGAGCUGGAGAUGACGGAGGACAUCCGCUUGGAGCCAGAUCUGUAUGAAGCCUGCAAGAGUGACAUCAGAAACUACUGUUCCGCUGUGCAAUAUGGCAACGCUCAGAUUAUCGAAUGUCUGAAAGAAAACAAGAAGCAGCUAAGCACCCGCUGCCACCAAAAAGUAUUUAAGCUGCAGGAGACAGAAAUGAUGGACCCAGAGCUAGACUACACCCUCAUGAGGGUCUGCAAGCAGAUGAUAAAGAGGUUCUGUCCAGAAGCAGAUUCUAAAACCAUGUUGCAGUGCUUGAAGCAAAAUAAAAACAGUGAAUUGAUGGAUCCCAAAUGCAAACAGAUGAUAACCAAGCGCCAGAUCACCCAGAACACAGAUUACCGCUUAAACCCCAUGCUAAGAAAAGCCUGUAAAGCUGACAUUCCUAAAUUCUGUCAUGGUAUCCUGACUAAGGCCAAGGAUGAUUCAGAAUUAGAAGGACAAGUCAUCUCUUGCCUGAAGCUGAGAUAUGCUGACCAGCGCCUGUCUUCAGACUGCGAAGACCAGAUCCGAAUCAUUAUCCAGGAGUCCGCCCUGGACUACCGCCUGGAUCCUCAGCUCCAGCUGCACUGCUCAGACGAGAUCUCCAGUCUAUGUGCUGAAGAAGCAGCAGCCCAAGAGCAGACAGGUCAGGUGGAGGAGUGCCUCAAGGUCAACCUGCUCAAGAUCAAAACAGAAUUGUGUAAAAAGGAAGUGCUAAACAUGCUGAAGGAAAGCAAAGCAGACAUCUUUGUUGACCCGGUACUUCAUACUGCUUGUGCCCUGGACAUUAAACACCACUGCGCAGCCAUCACCCCUGGCCGCGGGCGUCAAAUGUCCUGUCUCAUGGAAGCACUGGAGGAUAAGCGGGUGAGGUUACAGCCCGAGUGCAAAAAGCGCCUCAAUGACCGGAUUGAGAUGUGGAGUUACGCAGCAAAGGUGGCCCCAGCAGAUGGCUUCUCUGAUCUUGCCAUGCAAGUAAUGACGUCUCCAUCUAAGAACUACAUUCUCUCUGUGAUCAGUGGGAGCAUCUGUAUAUUGUUCCUGAUUGGCCUGAUGUGUGGACGGAUCACCAAGCGAGUGACACGAGAGCUCAAGGACAGGUAGAGCCACCUUGACCACCAAAGGAACUACCUAUCCAGUGCCCAGUUUGUACAGCCCUCUUGUAUAGCAUCCCCACUCACCUCGCUCUUCUCAGAGGUGACACCAACCCCGUGUUAGAGCAUCAGCAGGUGUCCACUGCGUUGUCCCGUCCAGCCUCCACUCGUGUCCAUGGUGUCCUCCUCCUCCUCACCGUGCAGCAGCAGCAGCUGGCCGCUGGGGUUACUGCCUUUGUUUGGCAAACUUGGGUUUACCUGCCUGUAGACAAGUCUCUCUCAUACCAACAGAACUUCCGGUACUUCCAGAACCAACUCACCUGACCUGCAACUCAAAGGCUUUUUUUAAGAAAACCACCAAAAAAAAAAAUUUUUUUUAAAGAAAAAAAUGUAUAUAGUAACGCAUCUCCUCCAGGCUUGAUUUGGGCAAUGGGGUUAUGUCUUUCAUAUGACUGUGUAAAACAAAGACAGGACUUGGAGGGGAAGCACACUACCCAGUGUGCCAUGACUGAGGUGUCUCGUUCAUCUCUCAGAAGCACCUGGGGGCCUCGCCAGGGCCGUGGUCUUCACCGAGGCGUGGGUGGGCAGCCGUUCCCCAGGCUGUGUGGGGUCCUGCUUUCUUCUGCUGAGACAGUGACGCUUUCCAGUUUCCACCCUAAUCAGCCACUGCUGGUCACAGCCCCACGGCCAUGGGUAUUUCUGUGGUCUCCUCACUUCAUUGAAGCAAAGCAUGAGCCUCCCUAGACAAGGGCAGCUGGGGAGGGGAAGGGACCGGAAGUUUGUGAAGUUGAACAGUCCAUCCAUCUGCACUGAGAGGCUGGAUCCCGAGUCCCGGGGCAGCAGGAUCCCAGGAACCUUCCUCCUCCAGGGCAGCACAGGACUCAGCCGUGUCUGGACCGUCCCUGCUGAGGCUACAGUCACUCUGGAAGCUCUGCGCUUCAUCAGGAGGCGGGACUGUGGCGGGAGGGGUCCUUGAAGAUGGGUGUGGGGAGCAGUGGGGCAGGAAGUGGGAGCCAGAGGUUUGACUCAGUUUGCUGUAUUUUUCAGGCUACAGUACAGGUCAGAGACAAUGGCUUAUAAAGGUUUAGUGUGGUCUCAGGAUGUGACAGGCAGGCCAGCCUGACCUUUCUGCACACUCCAGACAAACUUCCCAGACAAGCUCCUUUGUGCCUCUACGUGGAGAGGGUGUGGAAAGUUAUCACAUUAAAAGAUGGAGGAUUUGCUCUGUUUA